AGUUUUUUUUUCGUGUGAUAGCAGGAACUAGAACUACGAGGCAAUAGAAGGUAUUUUUAAAGCUUUAAGAAAUAAAGCUAGUGCGCCAACCAGUCGUGUUUAGCUUUACUAGAAUUUUUGCAUCAUAAAAAUGCAGAAUAAAAAAGUGAAUGGGGGAACAAGAACAGACGAAAAGGCAACAAGCAUCAUCGUAGUCGUCUGAUAAAGUAGCAAUUACAAAAGUAGAGCGCGGUGGGGGGAAAACGAAAAAGAGUAUUAAAACAAGAGCAACAACAUGAUGUCUUCAGCAUCUCACGCUGCGCCGGUCGUGGAGCCCGUGCUGAUCGACGGGAAAGUUCCGAAGUACAAGAUUUCCGGCGAACAGCGAAAAAAGUUGCAGAAUAAGGACCUCUUCACCUCGGACCAAGACUUAUGCAUUGCAAAUAUGUCUGGGACUGGGUCUGGAAAUCUGUGAUGCUGAAUUGAGCAUGAUUGAAGCGCUUGCAAUGGCAGCCAGGCAUGACAAGUUUAAAAGACGCCUGCGGAUGCCUACCACGCAUCACAAGUUGCGUUUUUGCAUGACAAAGCAAGCUCCUCUUUUGCUGCUCAUGCAACACAGAUUUUCCAGGACUGCAAGACACGCAUCACAAGUUCCACUGUUCCAGACCCAGACAUUUUUGCAUUUGACAAGACCGUCGACUUGCCAACGUCUGUUUCAACGUGGCCAAUGAGACGCUGAUCGAAACUUCCCCGAGUAAGUAUUUUCCAUCUUCCAGCUCGUCUUCCACACCAUCGGGUCGUGGGCCGCGAGGUUCUACUCGAUCUAGUCACGACGAGCCAAAGAAGAACUUGGUUGUGAAAGUAAAACACCCGACCGGCGGCGCCAUCGCGCAGCAUGACCGGCUAUCAACUGCAAAUAUGUCUGGGUCUGGAAGAAUGCAACUUGUGAUGCUGCAUUUGGAUUCCAAAAAGAUCUGUAUUGCAUGAGCAGCAAAGGGAAUGCGAUUGUUGCUACGCGGAGAGGGUAUUUGGCAUGCGGAAUAGCCAUGAAGAUGCCCUCAGAACAUCUGUGCUGCUAGGGCAUGCAUCACAGACAUCAUGGCUCAUGCAAAACGUGCAUCACAACUAUCAGAACCUUCCAGACCCAGACAUAUUUGCAAUGCAUACCGACGCACGGAGUUUCCGCGCCGGGGCGGGGAGAUGCAGCUGGAGGCGGCUGGCAUCCUGUCCGAGAACCCGCGAAACCAGUCGAUCCACGAAACCCGACGCGGCCGAACGCGGACGGAAAUGAAAAUGGAGCUGAAGGCCGACAUGGUGCCGGACGUCAAGUCCUACGAUUUCGACCAGGAUGGCGUCGUCGGUCCCCGCGACUUACGCACUGCAAAAGCAUCGCACUCGUAUUCGUAUGAAUGCAUGACAAACCUUGUUACAUAGGGAUUUCAGCAAGAGAAAUUUCAUUUUUCAUGCUGCGCAUCAAAUUGAAAUUUGUAAUGCAAUUUGUAGUACGCAGUAGUACAACGAUGGCGAUACUUUUGCAAUGCAUACGGCUACUUCAUCGGUCGGUAUUAUGGAAGCGUCAGGAUUGAAAUCGUCAAAGUUGAAAUAGUUUGUGAUGCAUAAAAUGGAUGCCCCCCCAGUUUCCAAGUGGCGCAUGACAAAUUUGGGUAGCACCUAAAUCCAGUCUGUCAUGCUGUUUGGGUAAGGGCGGCGCCUUUUGUCAUGCUACUUUAGCAGCUCUAUUUCUACACCUCAACAGGCUCACAAUCUGCCUCCCUUGCGUCCUCUGCAACAGAGACAGUUUUUGCGUUGCAUUUUAUGCAUGACAAAUCAUUUCAACUUUGUCGAUUUCAAUCCUGACGCUUCCAUAGGUAUUUUGACGUGGGGAAGAAGGGGUACCUGACCCAAGAGGAGCGGAAAAAGGCGGACUUCGAGGUGAACGAGAACAAUUUCCUUAUCAACUGCAAAAAUGUCUGGGUCUGGAAGAUUAUUACAUUUGUCAUGCAUGUCUGACAUGACUCGAGAAUCUGUGAUGCAGGGGCGCGAAAAGCCUCUCCUAUCUGUCAUGCAAAAACGCAGCUUCUCAUGCCAUGCGGAAAACGCAACGCAUAGAUAGCAGCUGCAGCUCGAAAAUUUUUCAUGCUGGGCAGCUGCGUAUUGCAGUCCGGCUAUCAUCAACUUUUUGCAUCACAAAAUUCCAGACCCACACAUUUUUACAGUUGAUAUUCCUGGACAAGUUCAAAUUCGGGUUUGACGCGACGGGGGCCGCGAACCCCACCAUGAUAACCACGCAGAAAGCGGGGAAGAUCAUCACCUAUAACAACAUGGAUCAGCUAGCCGACAGCUACCCGCCAAGGUACGAUGUGAACUCGAAACAUUACAAGAAGCCGAAACACCGCUCGAAGUCGGAAAUGCGCAUGGACCGGGUAGCGGACGCACGCAACGGGAACAACGAACUGUACAACAAAUAUUUGGAGAAAAACCCGCCACGGGUAUGGAUGUGUCAGGAUUGAAACCGACAAAGUUGAAAUGAUUUGUCAUGCAUAAAAUGCAUACAGUUGGAAGCCCAAUUUUCAAGCGGCGCAUGACAAAUUUUCGGAGCGCCGGAAUCCAAUUUGUCAUGCUGUUUGGGCGCCGAAGACUGCUUUUGUCAUGCUCCUUCAGCAGCUCUAUCCCAAACCCUGAAUAGGCUCACAAUCUGCCUUACUUGCAAUCCCGGCAAGCCAGGCGCUUCAUGCCUUGCAUUUUAUGCAUGGCAAAUCAUUUCAACUUUGACGAUUUCAAUCCUGACAGAUCCAUAAUGGGUCGUGGAAAAGUACACAUCCACCACCUGUCUGGACGACGAUGAAUCGCGGAAGUCGCAGUAUGAAUUGCAAAAGUAUCGUACUCGUAUAAAUGCAUUACAAAUUUCCUAAGCAUGAGAAAUAAAAUUUGUAAUGCGGAUUUACAUUAGGAGAAAGAUUUGUAAAUGCAUGACUGCAAUUGCUACGAGUACGAUACUUUUGUACAGGAUACGCAGUCUCUUCCACCUAUCCAGCACAUUCGGGAGCGCGCGCAAGCGGACCAUGAGUUGGCAAGGGUUCGGGCAGGAUUGUAUCAAACUUAAAAAAUGUUAACGCUCACGGUCGUCUUCGCAGCAGCUAAGGCUUACAGUCACGCAUGACACAGUUUGUUUUGCUACCAUGCAUGCUAUGCAAUACAGCUGUAGUGUGCUUCUGCAUGCGUUAUUCUCGUUGCAUGCCAAAUUUCGUUUAGCGUUAACAGUUCUCCUCGUGCGAUAGAUUGCUGCCGGUCCCAACAAUGGUCAACGAAGAAAGGGAAAACAAAAUCCCCGGUCUCGGGUAAGUCUAAGUCUCGGCAUGUUGAUAAGUAAUCGGUCUCAACAUGAUAAGUCGUGCUCGUAAGGAUCCCGGUAUGAAGUUAAUCUUUUACAGAUUCAACAGAUGGGAUGGCGAUGGGUUUCGCUUUUAAGUGAUGCUCUUCCUUCACCUUUUUUAGAAGUAAGGACAACCCGACAUCAUUCUAUCGAAUGCAUCAGGUACCAGCCCCAUCCGCAGAUCGCAGCGUUUUCGGAAAUAAAAGCGGCGCGGAAGCGUUGUCUGAAGGAAGACCUGGUCGAGCAGCGCAAGUACGGCGAAGAGAACUGCAUCACCCCGCGCACGAGGAAAUCCAUCUACGAAAAAAACUGCCACGACUUUCGGAAAGGCCCGCCGGGGAAACCAACGAAGACGCGAUCCCUUAUGGCGUUCUCAAACGUGGUUAAUACAUCGACAGAUCGGUGGUACGUUGAAGAUGAUCUUCGGGGUGACGCACAAAUUAUACUUCAGCACCUUUCAUUUUUAAUAUUGCAAAUGCAAUAUCACAAGAUUAUGUAUUGAACAGGGAUCUUCAAUGUAACUACGUUUGAGAACCCCAUAACACUGAUGCACGAACAGCGGCGACGGGACAAAAUUGAGUACGACAGAACCUACUUCGGGGAGCAUGGUAUACUCAUUUCAUAGAACUUUUAAGUACUUCGUGGUUCUUCUUGUGACUUCGACUUCGUCCUUGUCGCCAACUGUCUUUAAAAAAUUUUCACGGGUAGUAGAACUUGCCCCCAAAUACCAAAUGCACAAUCCAUGUUUCAUGACCAACCACAACUAGUUUUGACGUAUCAUGCCACGAAACUCACAGAGCGCAUCUAUCACAGGAAAAAAGUGUUACGGUUACUCAUUUGUUUUAAUUUCAGCAUCACAAAUUUCCUCUGCAUGGAAAAGAAAACUUGUAGUGCGGCGCAGACUAUAAGGGAAAACACGAAUGAAAUGACGCUGGCAAGCGUUUCCUGCAUGACAGAGGUUGUCUGCCUUGCUUGUCUUGCGUGAGAGUGUGUAACUGUAACACUUUUUUCUCACGAUAGCAUCUUCCCCCGCUACAGUGACCAGGACGGCAAAUGGUGGGAGCUGAUGCGGUCUGACGUGCCGAAGCAGCCGAAGCCCACGGGGUUGAACUUGUAUCCUGUGCAAAAGUAUCGUACUCGUAGUGAUUGCAUCUAUGCAUUACAAAUCUCCUUCUCAAGGUAAAUCAGCAUUACAAAUUCAAUUUGUAAUGCUGGGUCAAUUUGUAAUGCAAUUUAUAGCUAUACUAGUACGAUGCUUUUACAGUUCAUAAUUUGCUGCCCGACUUGAAAAUCACGGAGUCGGUGAUUCCAGACGCGUUACAGGUGCCACCCGAAGCCGCUUUGCAAGACGAAUACCAGUACCCAGUGCAAAAGUAUCGUACUCGUAGUAAUUGCAGUUAUGCAUUACAAACCUUUUUCCUAAGGUCAAUCAGCACUACAAAUUCCAUUCCUCAUGCUGAAAUUUGUAAUGCAAUUCAUGCUAGUACGAUGCUUUUGCAAUUCAUAACCAGCCGGCGACACUGCUGAAUUCGUCGGACACGAAGCAGUAUGAACUGCAAAAGUAUCGUAUUCCUAUAAAUGCAUGACAAAUUUGAAUUUCCUCAGCAUGAGAAAUAAAAUUUGUCAUGCUGAUUUAGCUGAGGAACAAGAUUUGUAAUGCAUGUUUGCAAUUAGUACGACACGAGUACGAUACUUUUGCAGUUCAUAAGCAGCCAGCAAUGAAGAUCAAGGCUGAAAUCUCGCUUCCGCCUUUAUGUUGACGGUGCACAACUCCUCCUCCCCCUCAUUUGUCAUGCAAAAACCCAAAACCAGUUGCUACCUUGUGGUACCGCGUUGUACAUGACAAAUUCUGGUGAAAAUCGGAACAGUACGACGCUCCUCGACGCAUGAACUUGUCAUGCACAAAGUCCACCUGUACUGGUGUUUGUAAUGCUGCUGAUGCCAUACUUACAAAUGAGGGGGAGUGGUAAGAGUUGUGCACUUUCAUAGCCCCUGUACAAGAAGCACUACCUGGGAGUGCCGGAAAAGAACCAGCGGCGGUUGUUUGUAUCAGAGUGCAUCAAUAAUCCCCCUUGUCCUCGUUUGUCAUGGAAACUCCCCAAUCCAGUUGCUCCUGCCUUGUGGCACUAAUGACAUGACAAACUGUUCCGGAAGCCCCAACAGUGCCGCAGUCGGAGCAUGAUGGAUUUGUCAUGCCGAGGCCCCACCUGUGCUGGUGUUUGUAUUGCUGUUCAUGCCAUUUAUACAAUUUAUCACAGGGGCAGUUGUGCACUCGGAUAGUGUGACGUGAUCACCGACAAGAAAAACGAGAUGAAGUUUAACACCAAGGAUUUGGACGAGAACCACUUGUAUCAAAUGCAAAUAUGUCUGGGUCUCUGUGGAAGAGUUGUAACUUGUGCUGCUGCUUUUGGAUUCUAAAAAAUAAAAAACCUGUAUUGCCUGAGCAGCAAGAGGAGUCCACUUUUUGCUACGCGGGGAGUGGAGUUCUCAUGCUGGAUAGGCAUCAAGAAGGACUCAGAAAAUCUGUGAUGCUAGGGCACACAUCAAGACGUCUUGGGUCAUGUGAAAUGUGCAUGACAAACAGUCACACCCUUCCAGACGCACACAUAUUUGCAUUUGAUAACUUGAACACGCAAUCCUCGAUGCAGUCGAUUCGGGAAAACUCUCGCGAGAAACGGAAAAAGGACCACCUGUGGAACAUGAAACACGGCACCAUUUCGGAGUUGAGUCCGAAAAACGCCAACAACUCGCUCCACUCCACCAUGUCUAACAGCAAUAGCGUGCUGGACAAAACGCAAAAUGACCAACUGAAAAACACCACGCUGAGCAUCUACCACAAGCAAGAAAAGCAUUCCACAUCCGGUGCAGGUGGUAAUAGUAGUGAUGGUGGCCACGGGAAUGGAAAGAACGCACGGGGGAAUAACAAGUCCCGGAGUUCGAAAAACAGCAACAAUUCGAGCGUGCUGAUAUGCAUUGCAAAAGUAGCGUUCUAGUAUAAAUUGCAUCACAAAUUUUAUUUCCAAAAGGAAAAAAGGAAUUUGUAAUGCUGAUUCACCUGAAAAGGGAGAUUUGUAAUGUAUGACUGCAACUUCUACUACCUGUACCUACGACUACGAGCGCGAUGCUUUUGCGUAGGAUAGCUGAACAACGUUCGCAACUCCGACUACUCCUCCGUCCGCAGUUCCGCGGGGAAAAACAGUCUCAUUCUGGAGACCAACGCCGGUAGUCUGCGCAGCCAGAGCUCGGGCAUGAACACGCGCAACCAGAGUCAGCGACCCAGCUACAUGAUGCACAACAGCACUUCUAUGGCCCCAACGUUGUUGGAAAACACCGGGGGGUCAGGCGCUUCGCACAACGAAAUGAUAUGAAUUGCAAAAAUGUCUGGGUCUGGAAGAAUGCAAGCUUGUCAUGCUUGUCUCACAUGACUCUUAAAUUUGUCAUGCACAUUACCCAAGACCCCCAUUUUGAUUUUUCUGUCAUGCAGAAACGCAGUCUGUCAUGCAGAAUAGGCAACACCAAGAAGCUCAGAAACUUGUCAUGCUGAGCCAGCACUUGUAGCCUCCUCAUGAUACGCCGCCCAGUAUUACAAGUUUCCAGACCCAGACAUUUUUACAGUUGAUAAAUGAACAACAAUAACAACUCUGCGAGUAGCUCCGUAUACAACACGAACGUACCUAUGCAAUGCAAAACUAUCGUCCUAGUAUAAAUUGCAUGACAGAUCUUUCCUAGAAGAAAAAUGAAAUUUGUCAUGCAGAUUCAGGUAAGGAAGGAGAUCUGUAAUGCUAGACUCGCAUUAUUUAUACGAGUACGAUACUUUUGCACAGGAUAGUACCGAAAAGAAACAAGCUGCUGACCGACAAAACCAUUGUGCAAACAGUCGCGAAUGCGCCGGUGCGGGGGACACUGCCGCAACCUUCCCCACCACCGCCCCCGCAGCCCACAAAUUUGGUGGAACACCAGCGGAGUCUUUCUGCGACGGCGGGGACAGCAGGAGGUGGAACUACACAUAACAACUAUCAGAUGAACUAUUCCAUCCCGAAUUCGAGCCGGGCGUCGAGUCGGAGUAUAUCCAUUGCAAAAGUAUCGCACUCGUAUUGCAGUCAUGCAUUACAAAUCUUUUUGUCGAGGUAAAUCCGCAUUACAAAUUUGAUUUCUCAUGCUGAGGAAACUUGUAAUGCAUUUAUGCGAUUACGAUACUUUUGCCAUGCAUAGAGUAAGAGGACCAGCAAUUUGGACAAUACGCAGAUCUCCUCUAUCGAUAACAACAGCAGGCUGAACACGGGGUACACUCAGGCGACCAGCACUGCCGGGAUGAACUACGACCCAAGCGGAAAUGGUAUCAAUUCCCGGGCGAUCGUGCAGCACUACAACCUGAUUACCAAGGUGACGCCCGCGAAAGUAAACACGGUGAUGCACAAGGAACCAGUGCACGCGCCCGCCAUGCUGGGAGCAGGCGGCUCGUAUUUUUCCCCUGGAAGCUUAGGAGGUCGCGGAGAUGUUGAGCCCCGUGGUCAUUUUCAGAGUGCCGCGAGUAACAUGAAGCAAACGAAAAAUAAGCCCAACGACCGGGCGAAGAGCACGCCGAAUAUGUUGGCAGGUGGGAACAAGGCGGGAAAUAACAACAGCAGCAGUAUGAAUAAACCGAGCUACUAUCCGAAUGCAAACUCCCCGGCAAAAAUUGCGGCGACUGCGGUGCUAUCAAAUGGAAAUAAGUCUGGGUCUGGAAGAAUGCAAGUUUGUCAUGCUUGUCUGGCAUGACUCAUAAAUCUGUAAUGCCUGAGCUGGAAAAUGGCCGCCUGCCUGUCAUGCAAAAACGCAGUUUGCCAUGCGGAAAACGAACCACAGUAGUAGUUGAAAAAUUUGUCAUGCGUGGCUGCGUAUUGCAGUCCCGUCCGCCCACCAGUCACAUUUUAGCAUCGCAAGUUUCCAGACCCAGACACUUUGUUUUGCAGUUCAUAGGUCCGGGCCGGCGGGUUCGUGCAUGACGUCUACCCGAUUCCCGAAAAUUUUAUGUUUGGUGACGAGAAUAAAUAUAGGUAGGUCUUCUUGUUUGAUGCUGCAGCCACUGCUGUACUUUUCUUGCCUGAGCUUGUGUUUUAAAGUGAAGAACGUAAGAGCGAGAUUCGAGAAGUAGAGGCGUCAAGUAGAAGAAAAAGAUCUGUCAUGCUGCCUCGGUACGUUUUUUACAAAGAAGUGUAGUUCAUGUUGUAAUAAAAAAUCAAUAAAAUGUGUCUUGUUGCAUGCAGCAGCAAGAAGUACUAGACCACGAGAAUUUUUACGCCUGCAUACCACACGGAAAACUAGUCAUGGAUGAUGGAAAGCACCACCCUUGGUAAAAAAAAUCUUCGGGCGAGAAUUAUCGAGGCGAUUUUUGUCAUGGAGAAGCUGCAACGUGACUGUAGUUUGCGUUGCACGUCGUUGAGAUUGGUCUGAAUGUACUUCAAGCAAAGGAAAUACGACGAUACAACAGACACUAAACGCUCAAAGAAUUAUUUGAAGUCCUCUUCUAGAUCGUGUUUGUCCAAAGCAUACACUAUGUUUGAAGCUGUACUAAUGUUUCUAGUAGUGCGAGUGCUACUGCUACUUCGCUUGUUACCACCUUGUUUUCAUUGCUUUUUGAAUUGUAGUUUUCACAGAAGAUUAUUCACAUGAACCUGUCCACGAAAGUUUGUUUGUUUGUUUGUUUGAGUAUCUACUAGCUUGUCUUUGCAUUUUUUUAUGUAAUUUGUUAUGCUAAAUUUGUCUUUGAGUUGUUUCACAAACUAACACUGUAGCUUGCCUUGUUUUGUUUCGCAGAUAUUUUUUGAUGCUCUGUAUCAUCACCUUGUUUUUAUUGACUUUGCAACCAGUUUGACUUUGAAUUUGAAAUAUUGACUUGCGCACACGACUCCUCGCUUUGAAGACGAGUUUACAACUGUAAAAUACGUGUUAUGACACCGACUUGAUUUUUGAUUCAAUUUGACAACUUAUAACUUCGGACUUUUCUUAAAUGAAAAUGACAGAAUCUCGAUCCAUUUUUACAACAACAAACUUCGCGAUAGUUGUCAGUUUUUGUUGUCGCAAGUGGUCGUUGAUUUGUUGGCAAAACUUUCGCGCUGUCGCGUUGUAUUAUUUAGCGCUGUCCUGUACAGAAGAUAUUGAAAAGAACAUGGAAGAUCAAACACGAUCACGACACUUGUUGCAUUAGCGCAGCCUGACGACAGCAGCUUUUGCAACUAGGAAUUGAAAGAUGAAAUUUCCGAAACAACUACGUUUGCUUUUGCUAUUCAGCAUCAACUGUACAUAAUAAUCGGCGAAAGCCACCACGACCUAGCA